AUGAGGGGAAUUAUUUUUGCGCUGACCUUCACUCUUGUGGGUAACAUCCACAGUUCUUUUGAUCCUUCUUUCAGUAAAAGCAAGACAUACAUUUACCAGUAUGAAGGGAUUGUACUGACAGGACUACCAGAACAUGGCUUAGCUAAGGGAGGCCUUCAGAUAACCAGCAAAGUGCAAAUUAAUUCAAUUGGACAAAAGAUCCAUCUUCUGAAGAUGAUCUCACCUCGAAUUGAAGAAUACAGCAGGGUUUGGCCAAGUGCUCAAUUUAUCCCAGCUCGGAAACUGACUCAAAAGUUGGCCGCACAAUUGAACAAGCCGAUAAAGUUUGAAUACAGCCACGGACGGGUUGGAAAUAUAUACGCCCAGCCAGAGCUGUCUGAAAACAUCCUCAACAUCUACAGGGGUAUUCUCAACAUGUUACAAAUCAGCAUUAAAAAGUCACAGAACAUCUACGAAUUGCAAGAGAAUGGUGUAGAAGGCAUCUGCCAUGCAAGCUAUGUAAUUCAGGAGAACAAGAAAAGUGGAGUGGUCAUGGUCACAAAAUCCAAGGAUCUGAACAACUGUCAGGAGAAAAUCUCAGAGACUAAGGGUUCUGCUUAUACUCAGUUAUGUGAGACCUGCCAGCAGAAAGGCAGGAACCUGAGGAGUGUCUCCACCUACUCCUACGCCAUAAAAGGCACAGCAGAUGGUGCGGUGAUAAUUGAAGUUGUAAGUAAAGAGACACAUCAGUUCACACCGUUUAAUGAACUUGAUGGGGCUGCCAGCACAGAAUCGAGACAACAUCUUGUCUUGCUAGAGAGCAAAAAUCAGUCACCAGCCGCGCCAACUGAGCACCUGGAGAAGCGAGGCACCCUGAAAUAUCAGCUUUCUAAUGAACUGCAGCAGCUGCCAAUACAGCUGGUCAAGCCUUCUCAUAAUGAUAGCAGUAAGAUUGCUGAAGCACUGGAAAAUUUGGCUCAAAUUAACCAAGAGAGAGCUCAUCCUGAUGCCCCACAGAAGUUUCUGCAGCUCAUUCAGCUCCUACGUUCCGCAAGUUUGGAAAGCCUCCAAAACAUCUGGGGAAAGAGCAUACCCAAACCCCACCAAAGGCGCUGGAUUUUGGACACCUUACCGAUAGUCGCAACCCCAGAAGCAAUUCAGUUCAUCCAAACAAGGAUCGAGAAGGGAGAACUGUCAUUGUUUGAAGCCACCCAAGCUCUGAUUUUUAUGCUGCAUUCCACCAAAGCCGACUGCCAUGGUAUAGAUAAUGCUACGGUGCUUCUGUCCAGCCCUUACAUGCAGAGGAACCCCACCCUUCGGAGAGUCACAUUGCUUGCCUACGGAUCCCUGGUCCAGAGAUACUGCACAACUCUCCGGGUUUGUCCAGAUGAAGCUCUCCAGCCACUCCAUGAGCUUGUGGUUGAAGCAGGCAGCAAAGGCCAUGAAGAGGAAAUCAUCCUUGGCCUCAAAGCCAUUGGCAACGCAGGGCAGCUUGCCAGCCUGAAGCGGAUCCAGAAAUUCCUGCCCGGAUUUGGGAAUGUCGCCAGCGGUGUCUCAAGCAGAGUCCAUGCAGAGGCCGUGAUGGCACUGCGCAACAUUGCUAAGAAAGAGCCACGCAAGGUUCAAGCCCUCACUAUUCAGUUAUUCAUGAACAGAAAGGUCCAUGCUGAACUACGAAUGAGAGCUUUUAUUGUCUUGCUGGAAACCAAACCAUCCUUGGCUUUAAUUGCAACAAUGACUGACUCGCUGAUCAGAGAUACCAACUUGCAAUUGGCCAGUUUUAGUUAUUCCUACAUGAAAUCUCUGGCAGGAUCAUCGCUCCUCCAUCUCCAGUCACUGGCUGCAAGUUGUAACAUUGCCAUCAAACGUUUGAACGAAAAGUGCGAUAGGCUCAGUUAUCGGAACAGCAAAGGUUUACAUUUCGGAACAUUUAACGAUCAGCUUUUGGCUGGAUUUGAAGCCAAUAUUUACUUCAUGAAGAAGUCAGAGGGGAUUCUGCCAACUUCAGCCAUUGCCAACAUCAAAUUUCAAGGGCUGGGAGUCUCCACAGAUUUUCUGGAGAUCGGUAUCCAAGCAGAGGGACAGUGGGGAACCAAUCAAUCCCUCAGGAGAGGAGCAAGGAGCAAUAGCAAUGAACACAUUGCGAAGAAGGUACCAGGUUGGAAACCAAUCCCUACAAAAAAAGCCCUAGCAGUUGCCUACAUCAAGUUGUUUGGCCAAGAGCUAACUUUUGUUGAACUUGAUCAAAAUAAUAUACAAGAGGUCAUUAAGCUCAUCAGCAACCAAGGGAGAAUGGACAACCUCAUAAAGAAACUAAUAAACCAGCUUCAGCGUGGAAUCGCAACUCAAUGGACCAAACCCUUAUUGGCAACUGAGAUCCGACAUAUUGUGCCAACAUCACUUGGAUUGCCAAUGGAGCUGGCUUUUUAUUACACUGUUGUGUCGGCAGUUACAGCACAGGCCAAAGUGAAGUUCAAUCCUGUCCCUUCCAAUCUCACAAUGGUUCAGCUCCUGAACACCACCAUUCAGACUGAUGUUCAACUUACACCAAGUGCUGUCAAAGAUGUCAUCGCCAUCAUGGGAAUAAACACCCCUCUGAUACAGACAGGAGUAGAAGUGCAAUUGAAGACAAGCACUGUUGUCCCUGUGAACUUCACUGCGAGAGUGAACUUAAGGAAGAGUAACAUCAAAAUUGAAUCACCCCCACUGAAACAGGAAGAUGAGCUGUUCUCUGCUAGGUCACGGGCUUUUGCCUUCUCAAGAAAUAUUGAAGACUUGGCCUCAGCGAAAGUCACUCCACUGCUAUCGAGCGGAGAGUUCAGAAUGAUGAACAGAGAAUUGAAUUUGGCAAAGAAUUCAACAGCAGAUAAACAGAGAGUGAUGGAGAAAGUGUUGCCUCUAGCUAUACCACAGGGAGCUGUGUGCUCAGCUGAAGAUACACCAGAUGUCCCAAGUCCAACAGUCCGCCAGGCUUGUGCAAAGUUCAGCACAUUCGGAGUUCAAGUUUGCUACAAGACUAGCUCUGAAAAUGCUGCCUUCACCGGCAACUCACCGUUGUACAGAAUCAUCGGUGAUAAAUCGAUUGUUGUCACAGUCAAACCAGUUAUCUCACCGACAACGAUCAAAAAGUUACAAGUCGAAUUGCAAUUGCAAUCUGGGGAGCAAUUGAUUGCAAGAAUCAGUCAGUUGAUGAGGACAAGUAACAUGAGUAACACAGAUUGGUCAGAAACCACAAUGCCUGAAGGCAAAUUAACCCUUCUGAAAUUGAAGAAAAACGCUGAUGGAAAUGUUCGGUAUCAGAACAGGGAGAAUGAAAGGCACUCCACGAGGUUUUCAUUAACAAGUUCCCAAACAUCAGACGGAAAGUCGACAGGUACCACCAGAAAAGCAUAUGAAAAUAAGAAAAAGCGCACGAUGAAUCAACGCAGAACCUGGACAACACCCAGAAAUGUGGACACCAGGCCCCAGGUUCACCACAAGCACAAUAAACACAAUACACACCAUGAGCAGAAGAGGCAUGUGCAACCUGAGCCAACCGAAGCGUUACUUUCAACCGAGGAAAAUGAUGAGCAUUAUAGAAAUCCCCAGCUUGGAUCACCACAGCAAAUGUUACAUCUGUCAACGUUCUCUUUAUCUUCUUCAUCACACUCAAGGGAGAUGCCUGGUUCACACUAUCAGCACAGCAUAUUGAGAUCGCUGAGUCAUCAGUCAAUCUCUUCCAGUUACUCUUCAGCACGGUCAAAGGAAAGGGAUGGUGCACAUCCUCGUGAGAGAUCAUUAAGGGAAUCAAGUAGCCUUCCGCUCUCUAGCAGUUCUUCUUCAGAUAUGUCAAGGCACAAGAAAAGAGUUACACAACCAGCACAUCAUCCCUCUGACACUAUUGAAAAGUGUAAGGAUGGCAACUGUAAUACCAAACAGCUCCGAAAACCUGCCCACAGGCCCACAGUCAGAAAAGCCUCCUUGUCUUCAACUGAGGCCCGUGCCCAAUCCAGUUCAUUUUCAUCCUCGGCUAAGUUGCAUUCAAAGUGCAAUGGAAGUUCUGAGCGCACAUCAUCAAGCUCAUCAUUGUCAAGUGUAUCAAACUCCAGCCAGUUGUCAAAGCACUGGCGCAGUAAACCUUCUCGGCAACACCAAUCCAGCUCUUCAUUAAGAACUAGCAGUUCCAGCAGUUCCAUGUCUUGGCACCAAAAGACACGGUCAUCUACAAAGCAUGGCACAAUCACCAAAGUAUGCAAAAGUGGUAAAUGUAUCCAUGAAUAUAUCAAAUCACGGUCAACUACUAUACAUAAACUAAAGACAAACCAUAGGACCUGGAUCUUCAACUCCAAAUCAGGACAGGAGGAACCCAAUGCAAACAUCCUCCAGCUUCGUUUUGAACCUCAUGGUUACUCGUCACAAAACAAAGAUCGAUUAAGCUUUGAGUCAUCGUCCAAAUCCAGCUCAGGAUCUUCAGCGAGUUUUUCCAGCUCAUCUUCCUCUUCAUCUUCAUCGCAGCAGUCCUUGUUCCUUGGAGACUCCGUACCACCAAUAUUCUCGCUGCUAAUCCGUGCCAUCACGAUCGAUGACAAAGAGAGAGGUUAUGAGACAAAGGCCUAUGUGGAUAAUUCAAUGGACCAACGAGCAUUACAACUAUUUGUGGAUGAAAUUCAAGAAGGAGGCAACUGGCGAGUUUGUAUUGACGCUGAAAUGCCUAACGUACACAGAGCAUUGGCAUCGUUGAAAUGGGGCAAAAAUUGCCAAGACUACAAGAUUGCAGUCAAAACAUCGACAGGCCACUUUGAACACCAUCCUGCAGUCCUGGUUAAAGCAACAUGGGACAUAAUACCUCAAAGCCUAAAACAAGCUGCAGACAGCCUGGCUGACCAGAUCGCAGCAAUCGCUUUCAUGUUUGGGUUCUUUGAGAGACAUCAAAGGAGUCACACCCAUCGGAUUUCAGUGAUUGCAGCUGCAACAUCUCAGCGAACGCUUGAUGUCGUGGUGCGAACUCCAAAGCAUGUCUUCAGUCACAGAAACCUUCUCAUUCCAGUACCAUUACCUUUCGAUGUGAACUCUCCCUCAGUGCAGCAAAGAGGACUGCUUGUCCUUGCUGAUUUACCUGCCAUGGUUUCACCAACAAACACAGCUGAGUGCAGAGUCUUGCAAAACCAAUUCAACCCAUUUAGCAAGGAGUGUUUUGAGUACGAAAUGCCUGAAGGUUGCGCUCAUGUAUUGGUCCAAGAUUGUACUCCUGAACUGAAGUUCAUCAUACUGAUAAGACGCAGUGCAGAAUCUCUGUUUGUACAGCUGAAUUUGCCUUCUAGUCAAGUAGAAAUACAAUCGACAGUAGCAGGAAACAUCCAAUUGUUCAUAAAUGGAGCCAAAACACCAGCCAGAAGACUAUCACUUCCAGGAUCCUUGGUCAUUGACAGCAGUGACAAUGAUCUGAAGAUCAAAGCACCAGAAGUUGGCCUUGAACAUCUCUUCUUCGACGGCAAAGAGAUUAGGGUCUCAGUGAUGCCAUCGAUGGCUGAGAGCACAUGUGGACUGUGCGGACAAAGUGAUUCCCAGAGGAGAAAUGAGUAUCAACAACCAAAUAAACGCAUCACCAGAGAAAUUCUGAAAUUCGCCCACUCGUGGUUGCUGCCAGGGGAAAGCUGUAAAGACGCAUUCACUUGUAAACUGAUGAAACAGACCAUGAAGCUGGAGAACUCAGUUGACAUACACGGACAGGAAUCCAAAUGCUACACUGUUGACCCAGUUUUACGCUGCCAGGUUGGAUGCUCACCGGUUCAAACAGUCCUGGUUGACUAUGGCUUCCACUGCCUUCCAGCUGAUUCUCAGGCGAAUCCAAGUGAUGAGCAGCUGAUAUCCGCCAACUUUGGUCAAAAGAGUGAAGACUUGAUAGGCACUGUUGAAGCUCACACUGCCUGUUCAUGCCCUUCCAACUGUAGCUAAGCAAAUGAUUGGAAUUUCUGUCGAUUUGAUACAGAGGCUGUAACCAAAGAUUUGUACAACUGUUGCAAUUAAAGAGAUAAAGACGCAAUGAAAUAAGGACACAUUCAAUAAUGUUUUAAAUGAAUUCAUUUUAGACGCACUGAUUUGUCAUUUGUAGAAUUAAAUAAAUCAGCUUUCAGCAAGCAAA